UUCUUCCUGGCGCACACGCCUUUUCACACGAUCCGGACACAUUUAAACACGACCGCCGAGCUCCCGAGGAAUCGAAGUUUUCCGAUCGCGUCGCGCUCGCCCAGCACCAGGCAGAGACCCCGGCGAGACUACCAGCAGCUGACCAGCCUCGCCAUAAAACCACAGAAAACCUACCAAGAUAACAGAGAGGGAACAUCUCGCUCGCUCGCUCGCUCGCCUCUGCGUGCGUCUCCUGCUCCCGCUCCGCCCCCCGAGAUCGCGAGAGGUGAAUGGCAGAGGCGGCGCCGGGGAGGGGAGAGCCGUGGCCAUGAGGUGCGCCAGGCACCCGUACGAGGGCGGGCCCGGCGUCUGCGCGCCGUGCCUCCGCGGCCGCCUGCUCGCGCUCGCCGCCGCGCAGAACGAGGCGUCCUCGCUGCCCCCGCUCCCGCUCCCGCCGGAGCCGGAGCCCGAGCUGCUGUUCCCGCGGUCGGUGUCGCCCUACGUCUGCCGGCGCAAGUCCGACGCCUCGGCGCCGCGGGGCCGCCCGCCGGGCGGCCUGCUCUUCUUCCGGACGCCGCAGGUGGGGCCCGCGUACGGAGGCGGCGGAGGCGGGUUCGAGGAGGGCGACAUCGGGUUCCGGAGGCGGCGCAGCGGCAGGUUCUCCGUGCUCGCCGCGCUCUUCGGCCACAGAUCGGAGGACAAGGACAGGGACGGCGGCGGCAAGGAGCGGAGGCACCGGUCCUCCUGGCUCGCAGGGAUCGUGCAGCGCGGCCGCCGGAGGAAGGAGGCCUCCACAGCGUCCCCGCCGCGGCGCUCGUGGCGCGGGGUCAGCGAGCGGGGGCUCUCCCCGGUGCGGUACGCCCCUGGGUACGCCGAUGGGGACGGCGACGAGAGCGCCUCCCCCGCGGAGUCGCCGUGGCUGCCUUCGCCGUCGCCGUUGCGCAAGACCCCGGGCCGUCGCCGCCUGGGGCUGGGAGGCCCCGGGGGCGGCGUCUCGGGGUUCGCGGUGUGCAUCAGCCCGCUCGUCCGGCCAGGGCUGGGCAGGCACCUCCGCGGAGGCCACCCGACGGAGGCCGUCUCCAGCGAGCUCCGGCCGUCGCCGCUGCACCCGCUCACCUCCAGCGCCUCGCUCCACCACUGCCGCUCCUGGAAGCUCGCCGACGGCGGCCGCUUCCGGUGAGCCCCACCAAUUCUCCCCCGCUAUUUUUCACACCCCCCCCCCCAAAAAAAUUACACGGCCAUUCACAUCUCCGGGGGGUUUACUUUUUCUUUUUCCUUUUUUUUAACUUGACGUGAAAGCUGGGAAAAAAGCAUGCGUGCCUGGCAAGCUGUUCCACUGACAUGUGGGCACCGACAUUUCUUCCAAGGGUGCUGUUUGUCAGUUGAACAACAUGUUGCAACGCUGUAAAAAGGGGGGAAAAAAGAAAAGCUUCCCGUGCUCGAUGCUCAUGUACAUACAGCUUUACUUUCUUCUGAUCCUUGCUCGAA